GCGGCGGCAGCUCGGCUCUAGCUGCGGUGCUGGCUGGCGGGUGCGGGAAGCGAAGAUGUCUCCGCGGUCUCCUCCUCGCCGGCCAGGGCUGCGCCGCCGGGGCUGAGCCGCCGCGGGAGCCGCCAGCCGAGCAGCCGCUGGGCGCACCCGCAGCGCGGGAGGAUGGGCUGCGGCGGAAGCCGGGCCGAUGCCAUCGAGCCCCGCUACUACGAGAGCUGGACCCGAGAGACCGAGUCCACCUGGCUCACCUACACCGACUCCGACGCGCCGCCCAGCGCCGCCGCCCCGGAGAGCGGCCCCGAGGCGGGCGGCCUGCACGCGGGUGUGCUGGAAGAUGGCGUGUCCUCCAAUGGUGUGCCCCGAUCCACAGCCCCUGGUGGAAUAGCCAACCCAGAGAAGAAGAUGAACUGUGGAACCCAGUUCCCGAAUCCCCAGAGCCUCAGCUCAGGCCCUCUCACCCAGAAACAGAAUGGCCUUCGGACCACGGAGGCUAAAAGAGAUGUUAAGCGGAUGUCUGCAAAAGAAGUCACCAUCAAUGUCAGUCACAGACAGCAUCCGACAGGUAGAUAGAAGUCGAAGAAUCACUAAGAACUGUGUCAACUAGCAGAAGAUCCAACUCAAAAGCAGGCAGACUUUGGAUUCCCACCCAGGCACCUGAAGAAGUGGGUGGCCCUGAACACGAUGCUGCUGAGUGCCUUGAGAGACUUCUCCCAGGCAGCCAAUAGCCAGCCAAGCUGCUGGGACUUUCUCAACCUCCCGUUUAGCACAUUAAAUGUGUGGGCACAGCACUCCAUAGGAUGAAAACCUUCAAAUAUGCACUUCAGCCUGCAAAUCCUACCAUAUGGUCUGAUGUAAAACUGAGAAGCUGAAGUCACAGGCCAAUCUAUGAAACAGAGAAGUAACAGGAACAGAUUCCCUGGUGAAAGAGUCACACACCAGUUCUUAGCUCUCCUGGCCACAAUAGUGUGCCCUGUUUCAGGCAGGGUUCAUUCCCUUGUUCUUUCUUUUAGAAUACCACCAUCAUAAAACUCAGCAUGUUGACUUAAAAAUCGUUUUUCACCCAACUGUAAACUAUGAAAAAUCCAGGUAGCUCCCUGUUAUUCUUAGCUUACUAGGAGACAGCUUCCGGUCCAAUUUCACAUGAACUAGUUCUCCUAACAUCAGUGCAUGUCUUUGCGAGGUCUUUAUGAAGCUGUCACAUCGAUUGCUCAUCUGUAUUCAGCUCCUUCAUGCUGGCGUCCAUGGCAGACUCUGAGCCAUGAUAUCAAGGUCACUGUGGUGACAGCAUUGACCUAGGACACCCUCCAGGGUUCAGCCUGUCAUUACUUUUUUUUUUUUUUUUAAGCUUUCUAGUUCCCUUUGCUUGUGUUCUGGAGUUUUCUCUGUCCAACUGGGGUCAUUUGCAGCUGUAACCAGAGACUGGCUCCUGAGAGGGAGAAAAUCCAGAACGUUGGCACGGCUUCCCUUUGGCUGCUCUGAACAAAGCCCCAGGACUGUGUCAUUUGCUAUUUGCAAGGGAAUUGCCUCGGGAAGCUGGCCCUGGCUGACGUGCGUACACACUAAUGCUACAUCGACAGGUAUCGUGUUAGAAGUCACGUUAAUGCAGUGAAAAAGUGUUUUGAUAAGAAUAAUUUUCUAACAUUUCUUUAAACAUGUUAAGUAUUUUCCUUCAAAGUAAUGUAGCAUGAUUUUUUUAAGGACUGUUAACAUGCCUGGGAUUGGGAAAGGAAGGACUUAAGUUGUACCAAACCAUAACAAUAAACUCCAUGUUUAGCAGAAAUAGGCAGCCUGAUUGUGUUUAUAUCACAGUCUAGAAAACUGACACUAG